CUUUUUUCUCAAAUUGCACUGGGUCCAGCCAAGGAUGGCCUUCCUCAUGCGUGGCUGCCAGUCCCUUCCUUUUCUACCUACCAGGCCUUCACUGGGGAGGUGCAGUCAUGGGUUGUUAGUCUGUUUAGUGCUUGCUUAUGCUAAGAGUUGGACUCAUUGGAGUCGAAGGAAAUAGAUAAUAUGAUCUGUGUAUACUGGGCCUAUACUAAAACCCACUAGAUGCUUAAAAUUAAUCAUAAGGUUCCAUUUAUUGAGUCAAAUGAGUUUAUUCAUGAGUAAUUAACAUUUAUGAUGAAAAGCCCAAUCAUUCAACAAAAGAUGUUUGGGGUUAUUUUGUAGUGACUUUGGAGAAUGAGAAGGUGACUAAUUAAAAAUGCACUAUUUUCCUAGCAUUGAACUGAUCCUUAUUGCAGUUUCUACUAAAUGCCCGAGUACUUAUUAAGGCUGGGAUGCCACAGGUUCAUGGCAUCCACUGUUCUGAAGGGGCAGCGGUAUAGCUCUUGAUACCACUCCAACUCCCAGUUCUGUACCUGACACAGAUUCAGAUCCUAGGGAUUUAUAGCUUUGUACCCUAAAGGCUAUUCUCGAUUUUGGUAUAACAUUUAAAAUCACUCAGUAUUGGAGCUAAUUAAACCAUUUUUAUUUUUUUAUGGUUAUAGUUCAUGUGAUGUCUCUAGUGACCUCCAAGCCCCCUUUCCCUCUCAACUAGAGCUGAUGAGUAUGAAAAUUUGAGUAUGCAGAAAAAUUGAGCAGAGGCUUUUAAAAAGAAAUCUAAUAUCACGGUAAUAUUUAUUGAGCACAUCUGGCUUUUUACCAAGUCUGAGCUGAUGUGGAAAUUUUCACUUACUCUUCUGGAUGUUGCCCAACACUGUGAUGCAGUAGGAAAAGGGAAGGUUCUUCGUCCCUGCUAUGUACCAUGCUGGCCUUUUAAUUAAGCAUGUACAUACAGUACAACCCAUUCAUUAAAGUUUUGAGUUCCUGCUGGGUACCAGACAUUGUCAAGGUUUGGAAGAUUAAAACAGACCUCCUUCUUGGAGGUUUCACAAGUGCUAAGAAGGAAAUGGAAACCCUGGUGGCGUGGUUAAGAGCUAUGGCUGCUAACCAAAAGGUCGCCAGUUUGAAGCCACCAUCUGUUCCUUGGAAACCCUAUGGGACUGUUCUGCUCUCUGCCUUAGGGGCGCUAUGAGUCAGAACCGACUGGUUGGCAAUGGGUUUGGUUUUUGGUUUUUUUGAGAAGGUAGUAAAGCAGGCUACUGUACAGAAUGGAGGUAGGUCCCCACCACAAGAGGGAAGCCAAGUUACUUAUGUAUUUUGGAUGAGGGAAUUUAUUGGAUGAUCUCCAGGACAGUUUAAAAAAAAAAAAGGGCCCUGAAAUUCCAACAGCAGCUGAAAAGCUGCUAUUCCCGAAGGUGCCCCGAGUUUACUGGUUACCCAUGAAGCCCAUGAAUACAGCCAUAGGAGGCAACUCCUGGCAGAAGCCAACAAUUACACACUCCUUAUUCCUUUGGUUUCUUCUGGUCUGUAUCAUCUUUGCGUGGGGUUUGUGGUGAAGCUGGGGAUGAUGUGCUUGUCCCUAACACAGGUCACUCUCCUACUGCAGGGCAGCCCCCCAAAUGACUCAGGCACAAAACAUGAGCUGGCCAAGGCUCCAUGGAAGAAUGUGUCGCCGAAUUUAGGGCAUCUCGAUGAUCCAUGAGUGGGCAGCCUGGGGUUCCCCUUCUCUGCCGUGGCCUGGUCCCACUUCCGCGACAUUCAUCCUUGGAAGGAAACGUCUUUUAAAAGGCAUCCUGGGGCUCAUCAGCCUCCACCCAGUUUCACAGCCCGGGAGAGAUGAUCUCAAGACAUUACGCCUUAGUUUUGGCCCUCGGCCAGGGGGCAUGCCGGACCCCUGCAAGGGGUGGUAGGCACACUAGGGGUGGGGACGUUGCUUGUGACAGAUGCGGCCUAAUCUGAGAGGAAAAUGAAAGCAUAUCAAGCCCGUUCUACCAGGAAACUUAAGCUGAACAAUCUCAGCCUUAUCCAGUUCCUGGGGAGACCAGCAUAUAGAGGCGACCAAGAACGGCGCCCCAAGGUGAACGGGGCUGAAAGAGGACGGGGCCUUCCAGGUACCAGGCGGUGACCCCAUACUUAGUGACCCUUUUAAAGGGAGCCUCUACUUGGCAAGCUGUAGAAACCUUGAUUCCCUCACAAGAUCCAGCCUCCCAGCGCCUGACCCGCUGUGCUUCCGGGGAUCCCCUUGCCCCAGGAUCCUUCUUUAUGACCUUCCUUUCUGCCUUCAGCUCGAUGGGGAAGACGUCCGCGUCCAGGCUCCAGAGUAGGGUGGGAGCGGGUAUGGACUUAGCGACGACAGAGGCAGCCAUUUUGAGACCAAACUAGAGCACGGAAAGGACCAUACUGGGAACUCUGGCUGCCUGGGGGCCGCCAUUUUAAGAAUGGGGACGGCGGUCUAGUCCUGUACGGUGAACGCAGGGAUACGAAGGCUGCCAUAUUGGCACUAGUCACAGGGCAGCGGCCAUCUUGGAAAAGGACCUGCCGUGGGCGCGGCCAUCUUAGAAGUAAAACCCGCCCUUUUCGCAGUAACCCGAGCCAAGCCCCUCCUCUCCAUUACGUAUUAUUGCUUGGAGACCCUCCUGUCUGCGAUGGCCUUCGCGAGUUCCUCCCUAAAUCUACCCCAUACGAACGCUAACACAGGAGCUGGCCUCUGAGGCUCUGGAUGACUUUAUUCUUCAAAUGACUUUCCCCUUCCGGUAGCUCCAGGAACCGUCUAUUCUCCAUAUCCAGGAAAAUGUGACGAACUACAGGUAUUAGCUUCGAGAUCACCACUUCACGUUCUAGCCACAAGUGACUCGAGCGGAAGGUACAGGGCAAAGGAGGAACGUGAGGAAGAUGUCUAACGACAUGGCAGACCAGAGAGAAGAGGGAGAAGCCGGAGAAGAAGAGGAACCACCAGCUGCCUCACCCCAUGGCCAGAGGUGGCGUCCAGGCGCUAGAGGAGCUAGGAACACAAGGGCUGAACCUGGGGCCAGGGCCCCUGCUGUCCCUGCCAUGGUCAAUGAUCCACCAGUCCCUGCCUUACUGUGGGCCCAGGAGGUGGGCUACGCCUUGGCAGGCCGUGCCCGAAAGCUGCUGCUGCAGUUUGGAGUGCUCCUCUGCACCAUCCUCCUCCUGCUCUGGGUGUCUGUGUUCCUAUAUGGAUCCUUCUACUAUUCCUACAUGCCGACGGUCAGCCACCUCAGCCCUGUGCACUUCCACUACAGGACCGACUGUGAUUCCUCCGUCUCCUCACUCUGCUCCUUCCCUGUUGCCAAUGUCUCCCUGGCUAAGAGUGGACGUGAUCGGGUGCUGAUGUAUGGGCAACCAUAUCGUAUUACCUUGGAACUUGAGCUCCCGGAGUCCCCUGUGAAUCAGGAUUUGGGCAUGUUCUUAGUCACCGUUUCAUGCUACACCAGAGGCGGCCGCGUCAUCUCUACUUCUUCACGCUCAGUGAUGCUACAUUACCGCUCAGACCUGCUGCAGAUGCUUGACACGCUGGCCUUCUCUAGCCUCCUGCUGUUAGGCUUUGCAGAGCAGAAGCAGCUCCUGGAGGUGGAGCUCUACUCGGACUACAGAGAGAACUCGUAUGUGCCAACAACCGGAGUGGUUAUUGAGAUCCACAGCAAACGGGUCCAGAUGUAUGGCGCCUACCUCCGCAUCCACGCCCAUUUCACAGGGCUCAGGUACCUGCUGUACAACUUCCCGAUGACCUGUGCCUUCAUCGGCGUCGCCAGCAACUUCACCUUCCUCAGUGUCAUUGUGCUCUUCAGCUACAUGCAGUGGGUGUGGGGGGGCAUCUGGCCCCGACACCGCCUCUCUUUGCAGGUUAACAUCCGGAAAAGAGACAAUCCCGGAAAGGAACGAAAGAUCUCCGCCCGUCAGCCAGGUGCGGGGCUCCAAGGCCGGGAGGAGCUAACUCAGUCAGAUGUUCCAGAGGGUGGUGAGAGCGCCGAGGACCCCUCAGGCACAGAGGGUCAGCUGUCCGAGGAGGAGAAGCCAGAGCAGCAGCCUCCUCGUGGAGAGGAAGAGCCGGAGCCUGAGACCAGUGAUGGUGAGGGGCACCCUGAACCUCUACCUGGGUGCAGUGAGAAAGAGACCGAACCACAGAGGAAGCAACACUGGGCUUCAGACUCCAUGCUGGGCUCACCCUGCCUACUGUGGCUCCUGGUCGUGACCUUCUCCUUGGUUCCCAGAGCUCAGCCCUUGGCUCCUCAAGACUUUGAGGAAAAGGAGGAAGAUGAGACUCCAAGGCCACCCUCCCAGCCUGUCCCCUGUGACUAUGACCGCUGCCGCCACCUGCAGGUACCCUGCAAGGAGCUGCAGAGGGCCGGGCCCACAGCCUGCCUGUGCCCUGGACUCUCCAGCCCCUCCCAGCCACCAGACCCACCUCGCCUAGGAGAAGUGCACAUGGUGGCCGAGGAGGGCCGGGCGCUGGUCCACUGGUGUGCUCCCUUCUCCCCCGUCCACCAAUACUGGCUGCUGCUUUGGGAAGGCAGCGGGGCUCCCCAAAAGGGUCCCCCCCUGAACUCUACCGUACGAAGAGCAGAACUGGAGGGACUGAAGGCUGGGGGGGCUUACAUCGUCUGUGUGGUGGCCGCCAACGAGGCAGGAGAAAGCAGCGUGCCCCGGGCCGACGGGGAGAGCCUCACGGGGGCCAACUUUCCUGCCUUCGGGCCCUGCGGCCGGCUUGCCGUGCCCCCCAGGCCGCUCACCUUGGUCCAUGCGGCCGUGGGCGUGGGCACAGGCCUGGCCCUGCUCAGCUGCUCGGCCCUGGUCUGGCACUUCUGCCUACGGGAGCGCUGGGGCUGUCCCCGCCGCCAAGCCCGGGCCGCAGAGGGGCUCUGAAGGGGCCUCGGGGCCUCUCUGGCAAAGCCAAACCCCACCUGGGGAGCUCAGCCCAGACCCAGGGGAGGAGCCGGAGAUGGCCUCUGCAGCCUGGCUCGCGACCCGCUGGAGCUGGAUGGCGGAGCACCAGGUUGUGCGCUGAGCUGCAGGCCCCAGGUGCCCAAUUCUCUGGUCUGAGAGCUUCCUUAGGUCCCACACUUGUCACUUUGUUUCUGGCUGAGAUUGAAGGAAGACUAUAGGCCAAAAAAAAAUUAGCAACAAACCUGUUGACUUAUGGCAUCCCCAUGUGCUUCAGAGUAGAAAUGCACCCCCUAGGGUUUUCAAGGCAGUAACCUUGCUGAAACAGAGCCAAGCCCUUCUUCUGAAACGCAGCGGGGUGGAUUUGAAUUGCCAACCUUUCAGUUAGUAGUCCAGGGCAAAACAUUUUCGCCACCCAGGGACCAGACAACAGAACAGGGGUUGGCAAUUUUUUUUAAAGGGUCAGAUAGUAAAUAACAUAGGCUUUGCCAUUGAAGAGGAUAAAAUCAAGGAUUUUUUGCGUUUUUAGUAUGUAGGUACUUAUAUAACCAUUUGAAAUGUAACCAUUUAAAAAUAUAAAAACCAUUCUUAGCUUGUAGUCUUUACAAAUCAGACAGCAGACCAGAUUUGGCCUGCUGGGCUGUAGUUAUACAGCUUUCUGUCUUACACUCUCAAAAAGGGUCUGCCACUUUGGGUGGCCUCAGUGGGACUUUGAGAAUAUAAGCUUCUGCAGGAUGGGAGUCUGAGGACAGAGACCACCCCCUUCUCCUUCUGCCUUUUUGUUCAGUUAUUAAGGAUGAACACAUCCGAGUCAGAGUCCACCUGUGUCUAAGGGUAGAAAUAAAAGUCUGAUGCAUUGACAAAAAGGGAGGGAUUGACUGAACUACCAUCUGUUCUGCUUGUUGAAAAAAAAAAGGGGGGGAUUUCCCCCUUUUCCACCCCCACUUGUGUUUAUUGUGCAUCAUUAACGACAUUAAAGGAAGCUUAAAAGACA